AUGAUAGAAUCACCAUAUCGAAAAGCAAAUAUCUUAUCUAAACUCUUUCUAACUUGGUUAAAUCCUCUAUUUAAGGCUGCCAGACGUGGUCCUUUGAAUUCUAAGGAAAUAUACAUCAGACCAACUUCGGAAGCAGCUGCUCGUGUCACAGAUGAUUUAGAAAAAGAAUGGAUUAAGGAAUUGUCAAAACGGAAGCCAAGUAUUUGGCUGGCAGCUAUACGGUGUUUUUGGUUUCACAUUUUCCUUGCAGGUGUUUUUUUGCUUGUAGACAUAACAACAUGUACGUUACGUCCGAUACUUUUGCAGCAGGUGCUUUUGGAUAUAGAGAGUAUGAAGGUCAACAAUGUGGUGUACAAAGCCUUUGUUUCCGGUUUAAAUCUAGCUCUGUGUAUUACAUUUGGAGCCAUUUCAUACAAUACUUCCUUUUGGAUAACCAACAGAAUUGGAAUGCGUCUUCGAGUUGCAGUCGCUGGCCUGAUAUUCAAAAAGAUGCUUGCUUUCAGUCAAAAGUCUUUGGCUGAAACAACAAGUGGAGAUAUUAUUACCCUGCUAACUGCCGAUAUACAAAGAUUCGAUGUGGCUUUUGGACUUUUGAAUUACUUUUGGCUUGCACCUAUUCAGUUUGCUGUAAUAUUUUGGCUAAUGAGUCGGAUUGCAUUAAUACCUAGUAUCUGUGCACUCAUUGUUACGCUUCUCAAUAUCCCUUUGGGAUUUAUUUCGAACAAAAUGUAUUCCAAGUUGAGACUAUCUGUCGCAAGGGCAACGGUCAGUCGCAUUCGGCUACUGUCUGACAUAAUCAAAGGAAUGAGAACGAUAAAGUUUCAGACAUGGGAGGAUGCUUUUUUCAAACUCGUCGGUAAUUUUCGAAGAAAAGAAACUCAACUGCUUCUGAAAUCUCGUUUUUGUCAACUUUUUCGUUUCACCCAAGUUAUGUGUCAAAUAAAAACGAGUAUGACAAUUUUUAUAUUAGCAAUGGUUUUACUGAAUACUGAUUCAGAUUACUUAAUAACUUUGAAAAGUUCAUAUGUCUAUACUGUGCUUAAUUUUCUUGGUUCACUCUUCAUAUCUGUCACAUUACUUCUACCAAUAUGUUUACAAAAUACAUUCGAAGUGAAUGUAACAUGCAAACGUGUUACUGAUUUUCUGUUCCUACCUGAACUUGGAGCCGAUAUACCACCGGAAGUAAUUGAAUCAGUUGAACCUUUUGUCCAAUUUUCUAAUGUUUGUGCAAAGUGGAAGGAUAGUGCAAGUGCUUAUAAUCUACAUCAAGUAAAUUAUGAAGUUUUUGGUCCCCAACUCGUUGCUGUUGUUGGUACAGUUGGCAGUGGUAAAUCAUCAUUUCUACAAGCAGUAUUAGGUGAGUUGUCCAUAACAAGUGGACUUAUACGGCGGUCAUCAGAUAUUGCUUAUCUUCCUGGAACAGCAUGGAUAUUACCAGGUUCAAUCAGGGAUAAUAUUUUGUGUGGACUACCCUAUGAAGCUGAGCGUUAUGAAACUGUUCUAAGAGUGACAGCUCUGGAUGUUGAUAUGACUCAAUUACCUCGUGGUGAUAAUACGCAUGUAGAUGAACGUGGAGUAAAUUUAAGUGGUGGACAAAAAGCUCGCAUUGGCUUAGCACGUAUUGCUUAUUCUCGUGUACCGUUUGUAUUGCUCGAUGAUCCCUUAUCAGCUGUAGAUGUACACGUGGCAAAUCAUAUAUUUGAAGAAUGUAUAAAUGGAUUCAUGUCGAAUAGACUGAGAUUAUUGGCAACUCAUCAAGUUCACUUUUUGCCUAAGGUUGGAAGUAUUGUAUUUUUAAAGGAGGGUACGAUUUAUGGCUCUGGCAAUUAUUCAGAAUUGUGUGAAAAAGGACUAGAUUUUCACAAUUUGCAUUCUUCAGCAAAAGCAGAGGAUAUCAAAGCCAAUACAAUGGAUAUAAGUGAAUCGAUUAAUAACAACAGCACUCCACCUUUAAUCACUAAUCAGAAAUCCAAAGAAGAUGAACACAGUAAUACAUUAAUGAAGUUUGAUAGUAAUAACAAUGAAAGGAAAACUGAUUCUAAGAUACCAUUGAAUGAAGAAAGUCUGAAUCGGAAUCAUUUAAUAGCAUCUAGUGAUUCUGCAUCGCAGCAAAGGGGAAAAGAAGUAUCUUGUACAGAAUCGGAGACAAAAGGCAACAAUUCAAAUAAUCGAACAAAUAGUGAAUACGAUCACUUGAAUGAAGAAAAGGCAAGGUUGCUUGAUAGUGAAAAAUCAAAAGUAACAAAGGGUGAAGAAAAAGCUACAUCUGAAAACAGGGUAGUCGGAUGGAGACAUUACUGUAUGUUGGCACGAUUAGGAGGAGGAUUUUGUGGGACCUUCUGCGUUGCUUUUCUGUUUAUUCUAGCCGUUUGUGUCUACGUUGCAUGGGAUAUAUGGCUGGCUCGCUGGUGCCGUCAGAUGGACAAUUUCGCCUUAAAUGAUAGCGAAAAUUAUCAGAGAAAUGUAUCAGUUUAUUCAUUGGGAUCGUUUGAUUUGAGAAGUAAACGCUUUAAUUUCACCGUACUUAGUUGUUUGGUUAUCGCUUUAAUUUUGGUGUCCUAUACCAGAGCUAUGGCAUUUUUCGCUUUUAUGGUUACUGCAGCAAGACGUUUGCAUGACAAAAUGUUGCACUCCUGUCUACACACUCCAAUUAAGUUUUUUGAAAUGAAUCCAUCUGGAGCAAUAGUGAAUCGAUUUUCCAAGGAUUUAACUACCGUGGAUGAUAUGCUGCCCAUUGCUAUGUGUGAUGCCAUCCAGUGUUUUCUCUUAGUUCUCAUAAUGGGAAUAGUAAUUAUCUACAUGAGUUAUUGGUUUAUUAUACCUACAAUUAUGGCUAUUAUUCUCUUUUAUUUAACUCAGAAGAAGUAUUUACUCAUAUCCAGAGAUUUAAAACGACUCGAAUCUGCUGCUAAAGCUCCGAUAAUAUCAUGGGUGAAUGUUACUCUACAAGGUCUACCAUGCAUCCGUGCAACUUUACGUCAAAAUGAUCAUCUAGUCAAGUUUCAAGAGGUGAUGGAUUAUCAUACAAGUGUGUUUUACCUUACUAUAGCAGCUAGCCGUUGGCUUGCGCUACGUCUUGAUUUACUCUGCGUAUUCUUCACUGUAACAAUAAUUAUCACCUGCUUGUUACUCAGUAUUUAUACAGAUUUUCCUCCUUCUGCGAUUGGUCUGAUGAUCACAUAUGGAAUAAACUUUCUGGGACUGUUUCAGUGGUUUAUUCGUCAAAGUGCAGAAGUUCAAAAUCAGAUGGUUUCUGUAGAACGAAUCGUUGAGUAUAUUGAUCUCCCACCAGAAUUAAAUUACACGUCGAAUCAAGUUACACUUCCUGAUAAUUGGCCACAAUCUGGACAGAUUAAAUUUCAGAAUUUUAGUAUAAGCUACGAUGGAGAACAGACAUGGGCACUUAAAAAUAUUAAUUUCGUCGUUGAAUCUGGCUUUAAGGUCGGAAUAGUUGGUCGUACGGGGUCUGGUAAAAGUACCUUAUUCUCUUGUAUUCUUCGACUAGUAACAGGAGAACAAGGCAAGAUAUUAAUAGAUGAUGUUGAUAUCAAGAAAGUGAAAUUAGAAGAACUGAGGAAACAUAUUUCUGUUAUUCCACAAGAUCCCAUGAUGUUUGCUGGUUCUAUACGUAUGAAUCUUGAUCCACGUGGAGAGCAUAGUGAUACAAGAAUUUGGAAUGCAUUAUCCUCAGUACAACUAGAGAAGACUAUUUCAAGUAUGGAUAAAGGUCUUGAUACUUUAAUGGAUGAAGGAGGAUCAAAUUUUAGUACAGGUGAACGUCAACUAUUGUCUUUGGCACGUGCUAUUCUCGAUGAUAAUCGUAUCGUCUUAGUGGAUGAAGUAACAGCAAAUGUGGAUUCCAGAACAGAUUCACUUAUUCAAGAAACUUUAAGAAAACAAUUUUCCACAUGUACAGUGUUAACAAUAACUCAUCGACUUCAAACAAUAAUUGAAAAUGAUGUCAUAGUUGUUCUGGAAAAUGGUGAAAUCAUAGAAACUGGUGCCCCGCAUAUCUUGCUACAUACUAAACAAGGUGAAGGUGAUAUAACAGAUAUAGAAUCUAUGGAUGAUGAAGACUUGCCUAUCAUUGGUACUGGUCCAUUUGCUAAACUAGUUCGUGGAACAGGCCAAGAAGAGUCUCGUAAGCUAUCUAAAAUGGCUAGGGAUGCUUAUCUGAAGUAUACACAAGUUGUAUGA